AUGAUUGUCCCUCCUCUUUCCUGCCUGGCCCUGGUAAUACUGUGCGCAUUCAUUGCUCUCGUGAACGCGGCCGCCGACCUCAGCAGCGAGAAGCCUUAUCAAACUGAAGGCCCUACGGCCCUGGGAGUCAAGAUGGACCUGAACUUUGCAAGGACCUGGCCGGGUCUGGAUCCUAAGGACCCCACUGUGCGGCGGAAUCGGCUGUUUAGCAGCCAUCUCCGCUUUAAGAGCCCAGUCAACGACGAGACUGAUGGAAUUGAGGACGGCCAGCUCUGGCAGAUGGCCCUCACAGCAUAUAACGAGAUGCUCGCGAAUCAGGAAGCGUACAAGGUGCCGGAUAAGCAGAGGCCCACGGCCAUGACAAUUCUGGCCUUUGAUCACGAAGUAAUCCUCGCAUCGUUGCAGAAGGGCUCGUCCUUCUCCUACCACUAUCAAGAUACCCCGGUGGCCAGUGCAUCCGGCCACGCCAUUGAGCAGUCAAAAGGCAAGGAUUGCUACCAUUUUCGAUGGCGACCCAGAGGAUCCUUGUACGGAUUCCAAAGGGGAGUAUGGGUUCAAAGUUCUGGAUAAAAAUAAAGCCUACAAAACAUUCAACCUAAGCGAGAUCGCUGGGAAUAUUAGAGAGGGGAGCCAAGUUCAACUCUGCUACUCUCCUGAUAGAAGCAACAGCAACUGAUACAAGCAGCGACAGGGACAGCGAGCUAUUCAAGGGCUUGCUUGUGAGAAAAAUUCAAAUCAUUUCAAUAGUCGAAAGUAGGAAUGUCGCUUGUGAAUGACUGAGCAUGUCUAUCAAUUUACCAAUCCCGUUUCCACUCAACCAACUCGAGCU